UUGCAGUCUGACACGGAUUCUUCGAUACACUUCCCUUACCCAAAUCGUCAUCCAGUGAUUGGAAUCAAUUCCAUCGAGAGUGAGUGCAGCUGUCGAUGUCGCAAGCCGUUUCAUCAUGUUCCGGACAGUCCAUCUACUGUUGCUAAUGUUUCCGGGUGUAUUUAUCCAUGUCAUACUCCAGACCGAGGUACAUGUUUCGUGCUAUCCGCAUUCACUGUACUGACAUUCUUGAUUGAAAAGGAACGGUUUCAGUACCCGGAACGACCAAUAUUUUUGUUGGCGUUCUGCCAGUUGAUGGUAUCAAUCGGUUUUAUCAUUCGGGUUAUCUAUGGGCAUGAAUAUAUCGCCUGUGAUUCAACUAUAAUAAAAACUAACGAUCAGCAAAUGAGUCUUUGCCAUUUGGUUUUCCUCUCAAUCUACUUCUUUGGUAUGGCGGGUUCAGUGUGGUGGGUCAUCCUCUCUUUGACUUGGGUCCUCGCAGCAGCAAGUAAGUGGUCUAGUGAGGCGAUUGCAAGUUAUGCAAAUUACUUUCACUUCAUCGCUUGGUGCUUGCCUGCAAUGCAGACAGUUGUGGUACUGAUUUUCGGUGCAGUAGAUGGUGACCCACUAAGUGGGAUAUGUUACGUGGGUAACACAAAUGUCAGCCACCUCAAGACAUUCGUCUUUGCACCAUUAUCAAUUUAUCUCAUAACUGGCGUUUGUUUCUUAUCAGUGGGAUUCUUCAACCUUUGGCGUAUACGUUCUCUCAUGCAGAAGCACCAUCCUGGAAAUGAAAAUACGUCAAAAAUGACGCAACUAAUGUCAAAAAUCGGCAUAUUCUCUGUGCUUUACAUAGUGCCAGCUAUAUUUGUUCUUAUGGUGCUAGCACAUGAACAGCAUUAUCGGCCCAUUUGGGAACGAUCCCUCUUAUGUAAUUGUGCUGAACAACUUGAUCAACAAGCUGAUACAUUCACUUUAUUGGCACUAAUUAAAAAUGCAUCGAUGUUAGUGGUUGGUUGGACUUCAGGAGUUUGGAUUAUUUCUCGAAAAACAAUUCAGAGUUGGAAACGUGCGUUGUGUUGUUUACGCGGUACAACCAUAUCAAAGCAUAAAUAUCAGCCUGCGGAUAUAAUUUAUGCUCGAAGUGAUUGCAUAACUCCACAUAUGUAUAAUAAAGCAUUGCGACACUGUCAGGGAUAUAGUACACCUAUUUUACCUGAAAAAAUUUAA